AUUUAUUUAAAAAUAAUGAAUUCUGAAAAGCAAUACUUGGAUCUAACCUUAUCUAAUGAUCGAGAUCACUUACUCCAAACUCUGGAUUCUAUGCUUGAGUUUAAUAUUAUUGUGGAGCAUACUACACUUCAUAUCAAUCAAUGUCACCGCUUGAUCCAAGAGAUACAAGAUGCUUAUACAAUUAUUUAUCAACAAAGCAUACAUCAAAAACCAGUGUCAUGUAGAAAAGUCCUAGCACGCGAUGUCCAGGCUGCAGAAAGGUUUUUACACUCUAUUCGUUGUGCUGUUCAAAGUUUGGAGCCAUCUAAGCCAUGGUUAAGUGACUUGGAUGUACGAAACAGGAAGUUCAAGCAUCUGAUUCAGUCUUACAAGGUACUCAUAGAAAUGUACAUGGCCAUCGUCUUGGAUAAUCAGAGACGCUUUUCGUUAUUUUUUGAGGAGCAAAUCAAACAGAUUCAGCCAGCAAUCGAUAUCGAACAGGUCUUUCAAUCGACUUCGCCUCCAUUACCUGUACAGAUACUACUCCAACGAGGAGAAAGGACGAAUGAUGAACGAAUACAACAGUGGAUGAGCACGGUUCAAGAUAUUCAUAAAGAUCUUCAAGUAUUAGCCAAUACAUGUAAAGUGCUAUCAGAGCUACGCAACGAACUCAAUAUUAUCUUUGAAAGAUACAGACGACGAUGGCCAUUGAUAUUGCAUGAAGGUGACUUUGUUUAUGUGAUUAGUGAUAACUUGGACUUGAUCGAGAAAGUACCAGUGGGAUUACUGCAUAAAAAGAAUUGUAAUUAUAAGCUAAUAGCCAUUCUAACCAUAAUGGUCAUCUUGAUUGUAUUCUUUUGUGUAGAGAUUAUAUUAUUAACAAACUAAUAUUCGUUUCUUUUUUUUGUAUGAAAGCGUGAACUUUAUUUACAGUAUUCGCACUUUAAAUUCA